ACUUUUCUUCUCAUUGCUAGAGCGGCCACUAAAGUAUCUGGUAAAUAUGAUGGAUAAUCUGUGGUGCAUGUAGGCGUCUACAAUCUCACUAUGUCAGUAUUAGAAAACACUCGAUUCGACUACAAUCACCCCAUUAAAAGGUAUAAAAGGAUGGGAUAAGAAUCCGAGCUGGAAAUGAAUGGGAGAGACGUAUGCUCUGCCCAGCAGACUGUCGACCACUUGAGGUCAUGUUGCGUCACGCGGUUGCUAAACUAGCAAAUUGUCACGCAAUCCCUUCUUAGUAAAAGUCAGGGUAUGAGUCGAGAAACCAGACUAUUUCCUUGAAGUACGGUAUGUCACGAGUUGAAAGCUAUACGAUACUAUAGAGAACAAGUUAAUUAUCUCACAUCUCUGAAAAUAACUGUUAUGUUGUACUUCAUGCUAAUGUUGGGUUUUUGAGCUAUCGACUUCUUGAGGGAGUGUUCUUUGUCCAGAAUCGCCCAGAAUGCAUCGCGCGGCCCAUUGAAGAUAAUUGGGGAACGUACACGAUGGAGUUCUUUGGCUGUUUGAAAGUUCAUUCAUUUCUGCCGUGCACGAUGCAGUACUAGAACGGAAACGUAAAUCAAGUAGUUUCUUAGUCCGUGGUUUCUCGAAUAGCUAGCUAAGUUAGUACAUUUAUCGUAUAAAUAAUUAUUUGUAUCGCAAACACUAGCUUGAGUGAAUCAGAGUUGCCUGGAUGAAAAGUACAGUAAAUGCCAAUAUGAUAAAGGAAAACGGAUGGAACAUACCCCCAAAUGCCCCCGCGUGUAUGGAGAAGCAUUUGGAGUCGGCGCAGUACAGGGGAGAUGGCACCCUGUUGUUGGGGGCCUCCAGUCUGACAGGCAGGUGCUGGCAGGGAUCCAUCUGGGUCUACUGUGAUCCCAAGCAGUCUCCCAAAGAGGGCUUCUGUAAGGCUGGUGUCCAGACAGAGGCAGGCAUCACAGAGGCAAAGUGGGUUUCAGAGAGGGGUGUCCUAGUUGCAUCUGACUCUGGUGCUGUUGAGCUGUGGGAGCUAUCAGAGGAUGAGAGUCUGCUGGAGAAACGGUUCGCCAAACUCGAGCAUGAUCACAUCGUUACCAGCGUGAGCCCUGCUGGGUCAAGCCAUGCCAUCAGCGGCAGUAUGGACAACCGAAUCAAAGUCUGGGACCUUAUUCAGGGUGAAGUGGUCACCACAUAUAAUGCUCACUCGAAGCCAGUCACUUGUGUGUCCUGCAAUCCAUCCAAUGACUCCCUCUUCCUCUCAUGUGGCCAGGAUGGUCGUUUGUUGCUUUGGGACAGGAGGAAACCCACCAAACCAGCCUCUAGAUUAGACGUAGAGCCCAGCUGUUGUCCUACAUCAGUAGCCUGGCAUCCCCACCACAGGACCACAAUCGCCUACGGUGACGAGCUGGGACGAGUGACACUGAAGGACUUUCAGGGAACAGAGCCUGGCCAGACACAGAGCACCCACAGCCGCAGGGUCUCUGGCCUAGCCUUCUCAUCACACAGUGCCCCCUUGCUUGCCUCAAUCAGUGAUGACUGCACUGUUGCUGUGAUGAACUCUGAGCUUAAGGAAACGUUGAGAGACAAGAGGCACCAGGACUUUGUUCGGGGUGUCUGCUGGGCCCCUGGCAGUUCUGACACACUGACCACUGUGGGCUGGGACCACCAGGUCCUCCACCACGUCAUGGGACAGGAUGGACCCGCCACUGGAUACUCCACAUCCCCACUGUAGACCCACCACCCAGCCUGGGUCGGGGGGUGUAAAAGUAUGGUUUUGUGGGGAGAAUUUGAGGGGUUGGCAUGAGGGUAGAAAUGGUCAACACCGAACGGAGCAGAGCAGUAUGAAGAUGGUUUUCCUAGUCUAAGUACCCCUUGCCAUGGUGGGUUAUCUUUUCAAUUGAUUUGUUAAAUCAUGUGUGAGGGUAGUCAGUGAUAAACGAAGUAAAUUGGGAUGUUUUUCGCAACAACUGGGUGAUUUGAGAGGCUACACAUUUCUGCUGUUUUGGUCCAGCAUUGAUCAAGUUGUAGCAGCGUGAAGCGCACAUGUGCCUACAUUUUUGGGGAGUGCAGUCUUGCCUUGCAUAUUUUCUGUUCAUGGCAACGUCAUAUGCGGAGUCUGUUUUAAGGUGUAUGUUAACCACGUUUUGGAGAUCACCUUUGUUUUGCAGUUUGUAAUCACAAGACUAGAAUGACAUGGUUCAAUACCAUGGGCAAUUUGUUUUCUAAAUUAGUCAUUUCUGUAAAUGUGUAAAGUCCUUAACUUCACUACAUGGCUUAUUUGUCCCAAUGUGAUUCCAUAUUAUUCCCCCCUUGGCACUUUCUUUUGUUUAGAUGGUCUCGUCUCAUGUGUGCCAGAAACAGAAAGUACAGUACAUGUCUGGUGUUGCUUUUUGGAAGUCCGAGCAGUGUUACUUAACUGAAUCUACUUGUUUUUCCAUCCUUGAAUAAAGUAUGUCUGAAUACUGUA